CGUAUAAACGGGUCUGGGCCUACGGGAAAGAUAAACCCGACCCGUUAGCCCGCCAAACGAUUUUCCCUCUUCUACUCGUGGCCAUUUGUGCCUCUCUCAACCACAAACUCCUCCGCCGCCGCCGCACUAAACAUCCAUUUCCCUAAAACCCUCCGCCGCCAUUCUCCUUUUGCAUCUCUCAACCUACUUUAGAAAGCAACAUCGUCCAGAUUUUACAUGGACUUGAGAAGAUUGACGGCCCAAAAAGCCGCCACCGUCGCAGUACUCUUUCCUCCGAUCGAUCGUCCCCCCCUAAUACUCUCCCCCACACCCUAAAGAAACCCAGAAUUCCGAUGCCGGAACCGCAGUAGGCGGGCCCCGGCCCAUCAGGCGGCAUUUGAUCGGAGCUUCCACUGAAAGAAGAAAGACAUGUCUUCAGUUCUUUCCUGCUCAAAUUUGCUCAGCAGUUUGAGCCCACAUCACUUUGAUUUCCUCUUCUGGGAAGUCCAUGAGGCCUCGACCAUCUCAGGCCACAAGAUCGCCGAGAUUAUCCAAGACCCGUCUUUUUUCUCGCUCUGCCUUUGGUUCAUAUACCCAACUCCAAGCCUUUCUAUGGUUGAGCCCACCGUACCCAGCACUGGGCCUCCAAACCCAAAGUCCAGCUCAGCCACCGGAAAGCUUCGGCCCGAUGAUAUCACGAGGGUGGGCCCGCCACCGAGCCCGAUAACGCUCUUUGAAAGCAUCAACCCAGGUCUGUGA